GGGAAUCAGUGUUGACAGUUUAACUUAGCAACUGAAAAUGUCGGCAGGGGCCGAGCCUUGUAGCAGAGACAUCUGCUACCACUAUUCAUGGGACUUUGCACAGAAUGUGCAUUUCCCCCAUCAUGCACAGCAAGUGGGCCCAAUAUACUUCUGCAGCCCCAGAAAAUGCCAUGUCUUUGGCAUGUGUGCAGAAGGGUCAGGAAAACAAGUGUUCUAUCUAAUCGAUGAAGCAGAACUGCCAGAGAAGGGUGCUGAAAGUGUUGUCAGCUUGGCUCACCAUCAUUUCCAACACUUUGGUGUUGGAGAAAAGCAUGCAGAGAUCCACUUUGAUAAUGCAGUUGGACAAAACAAGAACCACACAGUGAUUUGGUAUGCCAUGUGGCGGACUCUGACAGACAAUCGUCUACGUCUACGUCUACGCAUUCGUCAUCGUAUGUAUGAGAAUAAAUUGCAACCAGUCAGUCCUUUCCAUUACCAGAAGUUACUCGCUCUUGGUUUCCGGCCCAGUACCCUCUUGCUGGACCCGGACUGCGUUUAUGAUGCCACCUGCCACCGCGCCUGUAGUACGCAUGCACCGCAAUCCCGGAAGGAGAGCCCACAAAAACCGGACGCACCCAGCGAGAUCGCGGCACGGAGCGCUGUUGAUCCUCAGAUGUAA